CAUGACCUGAACAUGACCAUUCCAACUUCGUGGUCUCUUGUACAACAACGGUGAAAUGGAUUACAGAUUCGCACUUGCCCUCGUCCUCCUGGCCGUGACGACACAAGUCCGGGGCCAACAAAACCAACAGGCGACACAAUGCCAGAGAACGUUCCUGGCAAGCGCGAUGAGCUGUGUCCAGAACGGGUCCAUCAACUUUAACCACCUGACCUACAUCACCAGCAAUGGCACCUCCGGCCAAAUGCCCCCCGAAGGAAUACAACAGUUCCAGCUCCGAGCCUGCAACCUCCGUCCUCAGAUUGACCAGUGUGGUCAGUUGGUUUCGUCAAGAUUGGUCAACAGCUCACUCUGCAUGAACGCCUUGGACAAACAACAGCUGAUGCUCAAGGCCAAGAAUAUCUUUGGGGAAUACGACAGGAUUUGUGCCCAUCCCUGCAGAUACACGCUUCUGGAUGAACUUCGUCAGUGCUUCAGUUACAAUAACCUCGACCCAAGGACCUUCGUUGAUGGUGCAUGGGGCCAGGGAGCAGUCAUUGGUACAAAUGAAGAUCAGGUCUUCAAAUUUUGCAACAACCGACAGAUGCUUAUGCAGUGUAUUCGUCAGAAGUCCCAGAUGUGCCCCGAUGCCGCCACUGUCUUCUAUAGAAUAGGAAUGGACAUCCUGUCAAUGGAGAAGGGAAUUGAGACGCUCUGCCAGGCACCAAGAGUUUACCUGGCCGGUAUCGGGUGCUUCACCAGCCCCACCCCCGAGGUGAAGAUGUGCCUCCAGGAUGGAAGCAUGAAGAUGCAGAACAUGAAGCUCCUCCUGCAACAGACCAUGCAAGAACAGCAGUUCAAGAUGCAGACCUGCACCGUUCGUCUUCAGCAGGUGGACUGUGAGUUGGGCGCCUGGGCCCGCCGUCAGCACGACAGAUGUGACAAAGCCGUCAUUGGUCUGAGGAACGAAUUAGAAUGCAAGAUCCUCCCUAGUCUCUGUAUGCAGACACACCCGCAACAGUACCAGAGACUCUGCAAUCCAAUGAACUUCCACCUGAACGAACGUGAGCAAUACGCAAGCGCCGGAGUCGUCAUGGUCACGUGGUCGACUCUCGCCAUCUUGGUCAUAGCUGGACUUUUCUCAACCGAGUGAAUGGCUUUAAGUUCAAGUAAAUCCACAAAAUCUGGCCCGAAAUCUGAUAAAGUUGAUCAGCGUUGACAGAAAAAUGGAGUAUGACGGCCAUGAAGAAUUUCAUUCUCCUUUUAUUUGGCAUUACCACAAUACAAUCCGACAAUCCAGGAUCGCCAACCCAUUGUUGUACAUAGCUUCAUGUCCCAUCGAUCUCCCAAGCUUUCAUUUGCUUUCGUAAAUCAAGAACAUACAAUAGUCUUGUACAUUCCUAAAUCCUAUUUCAAUUGAUGCCGUGCAUAUGCAAUACAUGUAAAUAUGAUUCCGUUAGUGUAGAACUAUUUUUAAUAAAAAUAUAUUUUGUUCAUAAA